AUGGCUCCGGUGGGACUGCCUCCCGGUUUUAGGUUUCACCCCACCGAUGAGGAGCUCGUCAACUAUUACUUGAAAAGGAAAAUUCAAGGCCUCGAAAUCGAGCUCGACAUUAUUCCCGAAGUCGAUCUCUACAAAUGCGAGCCUUGGGAAUUGGCAGAGAAAUCUUUCUUGCCUAGUAGAGAUCCCGAGUGGUACUUUUUCGGGCCAAGGGACCGAAAGUACCCGAAUGGGUUCAGGACGAACCGGGCGACUCGGGCCGGGUACUGGAAAUCGACAGGGAAAGACAGGCGAGUGAAUAGCCAAAAUCGAGCCAUAGGUAUGAAGAAAACACUCGUGUAUUACAGGGGAAGGGCCCCACAAGGAGUAAGGACUGAUUGGGUAAUGCAUGAAUAUAGGCUCGAUGAUAAGGAAUGGGAGGACACGACCGGCCUCCAGGUAGCCCGUACGGACUCGUAUGCACUAUGCCGAGUUUUCAAGAAAAACGGGCUGUCCUCCGAAUUCGAAGAGCACAUCCAAACGAGCAAUUUGUCACUGCUUGAUUACAUGCAAGGAGCUAACAACGAGCAUCACGAGACAAUGUCGCCCGAUUUCCCCUUGGCAUCAUCUUCCAAUAACCUAUGUAAUGAAGAAGAACACAAAGAUGAUAAGGAUGAGUCAUGGAUGCAUUUUAUUACAGAUGAUGUUUGGUAUUCUUCAUCCAGCACAAACUUUGUUGGUGAUGAGGUUUCUCAACAGGCCUUCACAAACUAA